UGCCCCUACACACUCACACUCACUACGACACCUAACCCCACAUCCAGAGACAGCCAGAGCCUCCUGGACUCCACCAUGAAGAUCACCAUCCUCACAAUCGCUGUUGCCAUGCUGUCCGUCUGCAGUAGCUCGGCUUCUUCAGAUGUCUGCCCAGGGUUUCUUCAAGUCCUUGAGAGCCUCUUCACGGACCCAGAGUCCAGAUAUAAGGCAGCCCUGGAGUUUUACAGUCCCGGCUCAGAACUGCGAGAUGCAGGGAUCCAACUGAAGAAACUGGUGGAUACCCUCCCGGAGGAGACCAGAAAGAACAUCCUGAAGCUCUCGGAUAAAAUCCUAACAAGCCCUCUGUGUAAUCAAGGCCUACACUUCUAAAGCUCAGCGGACUUCAAAGAUAUCCCCCUGCUAAGAGCCCCCAUUGUUGCCCUGUACCCCCUUGACCUCCCCACACCUGUCCUGCCCUCCUCUCCGCAAUAAACUGCAAGCAUCUCAUUGG